AUGCUUAGAAGGGAGGAGAGUGAGGGAUUGAUCAGUGGAGUUUCGGUUUGUGGAGGGGCACCAAGGAUUUCUCAUCUCUUGUUUGCCGAUGACUGCAUCAUUUUUGGAAAGGUGAGUGUUGAUGAAGGCAAUAGAGUGCUAAAGGUGUUGGUUGACCAUGAGAAAGAAUCGGGUAAAAAACUAAAUAAGGAGAAGACAUCUCUUUUCUUUAGUAGGAAUACUAGUAGGGAGAUACAAGAGGAAAUCAAAGAGAUUUUUGGGGCACAGAUUAUCCACAAACAUGAGAGGUAUUUGGGGCUGCCUAUUUUAGUGGGGAAAGGAAAAAUAAAGGCCUUUAGCUGCAUUAAAGACCAAGUUGGGAGGAAAAUUGCGGGAUGGAAAGGCAAGCUUUUGUCGAAUGCGGGUUUUGAAAUUCUGAUUAAAGUAGUAGCAUAA